GAGCACGAGGCCGUUCGACGACGAGUUGCCCUCUUCCACGGCAGAGUCCUUUGGCCCCCUUUCCCCUCUCCCCCAACCCGACACCCCCGAUCCCCAUCCCGUCUCCGGCGAACGCGAGCCGCGCGGCCAUGCGCAGCUGCUGAGAGAGAGGGACCGAACGCGACGACGCCACCGGCCAUGGAGGAGGGCUACGCCAACCUCCCCACCAGCCACCUCCUCGGCUCCGUCCCCGCUGUGACGCAAGACGACAGGAAGCCCGCCGCCCCCGCCGCCCAAGAUGCAGGCGCCACCUCGCGGUUGCAGGAGUUCCCGCCUGCUCCUGGUGGUAAUGGAGGAGGGUAUCGGCCACCAGGCGCCCCAGCAGAUGGAGAUGUAGAAAACCAAGCAAAUUGGAAAGGAUACUUCAAUGUCGCAUCUUAUGCCCCAUACUUCAAUGUUGAUACUGAUGUUGUAGUUGACAGGCUCGUCAGCUCAGUUUAUCCAAUGGAUGGUUUUUACAGGAAGAUUGAUGCUAAUCCUGACAUGUAUGGGCCUUUAUGGAUCACAACUACUCUGAUAUUCAUGCUAGCUGCAUUGGGUAACUUUGCUACUUAUCUGAUGCAAAAGAAAAAGGAUCCGGUCAUAUGGAACUUUGAUGUUGGUUAUUUCAAUUGGGCAGCAUCAGUCAUGUAUGGUUAUGCUAUCAUUGUGCCUGCCAUCUUCUUUUUCCUGUUUCAGUAUUUUGGAUCACGCCCAAGUCUUGUUCGAUUUUGGUGUAUGUGGGGCUAUUCUCUAUUUGUCUUCAUACCUGCAUCUGUACUUUUGCUUAUUCCUGUGGAAUUUCUUCGGUGGGUCAUCAUUGCUCUUGCUGGUGGUGCAUCAUCUUGGUUCAUCGCUUUAAACUUGAAGGAAUGCACAGAAGGAGCUGAUCUGAUGGUUUUGAUAGCUAGUGCAUCAGUGCUGCAGUUUGCUCUGGCACUGUUCAUCAAAGUUUUCUUUUUUGCCUGAGGUUUUCUUGAUGAUUUUGCAAAGGUGACUUGAUGUGCUCUUUGUACACGGCUUGUUUUGGCAAACAUCUUUUGAAAGGGCAAGGCGGACAAGUUUUACUCAACAACUUGACAUACAUAUUGACCCUAGAUUGUUAAGCCUUAGGCAUUGUCCUAUUUGCAAUCUCUCUCUCUCUCUCUCUCUCUCUCUCUCUCUCUCUCGUGUAGUGAACAGAUUCUACUGCGUGCCUUACAGAGUUUACUGAGUUUGGCACCUAAAUUUGCACCUGAAAUUCUUCCCACGCUGCCCAGUGAGAAAGCGCAGUUUUGCACAUCUGCUUUGUACAAUUCUUUCUUGGAUACCAGGAUCUCGUGAUUUUUAAGUAUACUAUUUGUGUA